CGAGGUGGCGCCACGUCAGAGCUUCUAAGCUGUCAUUAUCAUCUGCAAACAGUGCUUUGUUUCCGCAGUCCACCGCUUUAAUUUAAUUUAAUUUUCCUUUUCACCAUGAUCCGGCUGGGAUUUAUGUGUUUUCUGCUGCAUGCAUUUGUGGUGUUUGGGACGGAACUCACGUUUGAACUUCCUGACAACGAUAAGCAGUGCUUCUACGAGGAAUUAGACAAAGAUGUGAAGUUUGACCUAGACUUCCAAGUUAUUUCAGGGGGCAACUAUGACGUGGACUGCUUUGUCACCGAUCCCCAAAACAACGUCCUGUACAAUGAAAGGAAGAAGCAGUAUGACAGCUUCUCUCACACCACAGCCAUGAAGGGAGUCUACAAGGUCUGCUUCAGCAAUGAGUUUUCCACUUUCACACAUAAAAUUGUGUACAUGGACUUCCGGCAUGGAGAGGAGCAACCUCUCCUAGAGAACAUGAGCAGGAGUACAUCACUGACUCAGUUGGAGUCUUCCUGUGUUGCCAUUCAUGAGGUUUUGAAGGUGGUGGCUGAGUCGCAGACGUGGUACAGGCUAAGGGAAGCCCACGACCGCACAAAAGCAGAGCACCUCCUUGAACGGGUGACGUACUGGUCAGUUGGAGAAACCGUUCUAUUAUUUGUCAUCGGUUUUGGCCAAGUGAUGCUUCUAAAGAGCUUCUUCAAUGAGAAGAAGGGCUCUGUGGUGGCCACCACUUAGUACUCAUCUUGAUCUUGCAGAAGCAUGAGGGUGUUCAAAGUGCAAGCUCACAUUUGACCAUAAGCACAUACUGUAUGUUGUUUAUGGUUUUUUCCUGUUAGCUGGAUUUAAUAGAUUCUUCUCUUUCUGAUUGUUCAGAUAGCAACCUUUAAACUUGACUAACUUUUUGUCAAGUGGAACUUAAAAGAAUUCCCAAAGUAGUUUUUCUUUAAAUAUAUUUGUCUUAAUGUCAUGAUUUAAUAGAAGUAAAACAUGAUUAUUAUUGUUAAAGUUUCAUUUUCACAGCCAGAUGUUGUUAACAAAUGUGUAACAUGGAUGAAAGCCAAAGAAAGAUUAUGAAUGUCAGUUUAGAUUGUUUUACUCUAUUAUCCUAAUUUAUUGUUAACAUUUAGAUGUCACAUUGUUUUUUAGACGUAUUGUUCUUUUUUUUUUUUUGUAGUAAUGCUUGUUAAUUUUAUUUAAAUAUCUGUCUUGUUUUAACUGUUUGAUUUGUACUUUUUUUAUAUUUGUGUGUUAUACAAAGAGCUAAGAAAGUGACCAAUCAUGAUGAUUUGUUGUCUGUAAUUUGUCAAUAAAAUGAGCUGGAAAUACAAACUUGUCUUGAGAUCAGAAUCCGGCUGCAAAAACUGCUUAAUAAAACUGUCAGAUGGAGCCUUUUCAA